GGCGAUGUCUCUCCGUGCUCUCAUACGUCGACGUGAAUCGCAACUCCAGUUGGACUUCAAUGCUGAACAAAAUAUUUGGUACUGCUGAAAAUAAAUCCAGGGAAAACUGCAAUGAGUACUUACAAUCACAGGUCGGCAUCGUUGUCAUCGGUGCCACCUUCACUACUGUUUCGAGACAACGAGCAACAAGAUUAUAAAAUGCGCAUGUCCGUGUACUCAAGCAAGAUGGGGRAAAACGACGAGAGAGGUAGUGGCUUACGAGCAAGUACUACGGAAGAUGAAAGUACCGACGAUUCCGAAACAGACGCAUUGGUACAAUUGCUUGCCCUCCAGAGUUACCAUUUGCCUGGGAACAACUGGAUCCAGGACUGGCGGCAGUUCAUGUGUAAUACCCAUCCAGUCUUUGGAAUUUGCUGCCAUUACAAAGAGCAUCCCAUAAAAUCAUGCACCCGAAUUUUUGCUCUGAUCGGCACURUCACAUUUGGUCUAGCAAUGACUUCCCUGUUCUUUUUGUUGUUUCUGUGGAAUCCCGAGUUCGAUCGCGUUGUAGCAUCGRUAACAAUGAAAGAUGGGGCACAGUACAUAUUGACAACGGGAAUGCUGUUGGUUUGGACUAUUGGUGGUGGCAUUCAUUGCUUCUUCAAUCUUGCGAUCUGGCACAUCGCUGCAUGUGCUUGUUGCCAACGYGGUGGCUUCUGCGAGUCCUGUGCGUGCUGCCCAUCACUUGGUAAAUACAUGAGUCGCUUUUUUGUGGCGUGUUGUGUUGUUUUCUGUAUCAUCACAAUACUUCUUCGGGUGGCUAUCAAUGAUCAAGAAAACUACGCCAGUUUUAAUGAAGGAAACAGCACYAUUGAUCGAGGUAUUGAUAUCAUGCUUGAUGAUCAGCUAGACUUUAGCGUCGAAAAUGCGUCGCAAUUUAUGUUCAUCGUAACCUAUCUCGUGGAAGUAACUCUCGCCCUAUUUGUGUACUAUCCAGUCGGAGGAACAAUACUUUUCUCAGGAAUGUUGGCGUGCGGGUUCAAUAUCCCUAUAUUGGGUGGCAGACCAUACGAAGUCGAUCGUGAAGAACAACGGAAUUCAAGACGGCAAAGAAGAGGUCCUAGCCGAGGAUCAAGCGUACAAGUAUAGCAAGGUGCAACUGGCAUUGAAGAAGACAAGAACAUUAUUUCUCAAUCUUCUAGUCAUCGGAUCGAUAAGAUCAUAAAAUGGACAAAUCAACAUCUCACGAGCACUGCGGAGGUCUCAUUUUUUCUUCAGAUGCUAUUAAUAUCUUCCAUAUCAAUGGAUCUGRCGUUUGUCUAUAUUCAUCCUCGGGGAUAACAAUCUUUGAUUUCAGCAGUAGCACUGUAGAWGAGAGGCUACAAAGUUGAUGGAGUAGGAAUAAAAGAUUAAUAAUUGCAUUCAUCAGUUACUUGGGAUUCAGCCUUACAAGAGUCUCUCUCCUAUUGGACUGAACUGGCAACCAGGGGUAUAAAUUGGCCACGGUGCA